AUGCCAGACCCUCAACUCUCCACUUCGAAACGACAGCAGCGUACCCAGGCUUUCUCGUCCCAUGUGACCCACGCAUCUCUGGAGAGGCAGCUCGCCGCCGCGCAGACUACAAAGCUCGAGCUCGAGUCCAAACUGAGGGAAAAGGACCUGCUAAUAGAGAGGCUUGAAGGAGAUCGGAGAUGGCUCGCGGAACGCGAGAAGGAAGAGCGCGAGGAGAAGGAGCGCGAACGCGAGGAACACCUCGAGGACAAGGUACGCACCACCCAGAAAGCGGAUGGCGAGCUUCGCUCCCUUCGCAGCCAGCUCAUGACUCUUCGAGAGCAACAUGUCGACUUGGAGGAGGAACAUUCAAACCUCUCCCGAAGCACGUCCCAGACCAUCGCCGGCCAGAAGGCGCAAAUAGCGACACUCACCCGCCAAGUCAGUCUGCUUGAGAAUCAGAUGCAGGCGUUCCAGCGGCUUGCGGAAGAGCGCGCACGCGCGUUCGACGAACUCCAGGCGCAAUUCGACGACUUGAACGCAGCGCAGGACAGCGUAACUCUCGGUGCUGGCCAGAACGAGGACUGGGCAGUUGUUCGGGAGGAGCUUCACCGCCAGGCCACGUAUGUGCGCCAGCUAGAGAGCGCGAACGCGAAGAUGGGCGCGGAACUCAACAUCCUGCACGAAAGGCAGACGAGCGUAGAGGUGCUGAAGGAGCAGAAGCGCGACCUGGAACGCAGGCUGCGCGGCGCGGACGAGUUGCGCGAGCAGGUCGUGAAAUUGGAAGCUGAGCUGGAUGCUGCGAGGAAGGAGAGGCAAGAAUGGGCUUCAUCAUCUGCCGAACCUGCCACCCCGUCGAAGACACCCGUCUCGGUCACACAAAGCCUGUCGAACCUACGAUUAGCGCAUGUGCGCUUGAUGGAAGAGCAUGGGUCGAACGUUGCUCUCCUCCGGCAUCGUGAGCAAGAACUCUCUGGAUUGCAGGAGCGCGAGGCUCGAGCACAAGAGACAGUCAAGGAGCUCCGUGCCGAAGUUCGUGAGUUGAAGGACCGGGCAUUACGAAGCGAGCACAAAGCAUCACUUGUCGAGCGCGAAGUCAGCUUCUUGCAGGCCAUGGUGGCGAGUUUUAACGCGGAGGACGCCGCGAAUGGGGAAGUCAAAUCGGAGAACGAUACCUCGAUGCCCAUCCAAGAGCUGGGAGCGUUGAUCAAGGACUACAAGGAGACAAUAUUCGUGUUGGAGAGGGAGCUGAAAGACGCGCGCGCGAACCCCGUCAUCGCGGAGGACGUUGAAGCAAAGCAGCGGCUCCUGGCGCUGCUCGAGCAGGAGCGCGCUCUGAAAGAGGAGGCCGAGAAAGCCUUAAGGGAGGCUGAAACGGAAAGCGAGAAACAACUCGAGCAGAUUGAGGAGCUCGAGCAGACGCUCUUCGAGCUCCGGGGCGAGAUCGGCGCAGGGCGACACCUUCCCCCCGGCGUUCGCGUUCUCUCCCUUCACGACAACCCUGCGCAGCAGUGGGAGGAUCUGAGUAAGGCCGCGAUGGACCGCCUCAAGAACGAGAACGAGGCACUGCUGAAGAGGCUGAAGGAUCUCGAGGAGAAUGGUGUGCGCGGUUCGGGCCAGGAUGCCAACGUGGAACUCGUGCCCCGCGAGAGCUACGAGGCAGUGAACAAAGAGAAGGAAGAAUUAGAAGAGGAGCUCAGGCAGAAGGAGAAACGGCUGCUUCGCCUGAAGCAGAUCUUCAACGCGAAAAGUGCAGAGUUCAGGGAAGCGACCGCGUCCAUCCUUGGUGUGAAGUUGACGUUCUGUCCGAACGGCCAGGUGCGCGUGACGUCGCACUACGACCUCAACGCUGUGUUCGUAUUCCAGCCGACGGGCGCGGGCGAAGGUAUGAAGAUGCAGCUUAUCGGUCAGGGCGGCGGCGGCCCCGAGGACCUGCCGCAGCUCAUGCGGUACUGGAUCGAAGAAGAGCAGUGCAUUCCUGGGUUCUUGGCGAGCAUCACGCUGGAAUGCUAUGACAAGCGCAAGCGAGAACAGGAGCUCCAGCGGUGA